GAAGCCUGUUUUAGGAUUGCAAUAAAACCAGAUGAUUUAAGAAAAAAAACAAUUAAGAAAUUAUUAAUUUAAUUAAAUCGAAAGACAGUUCUAUUCCAAUUAAUUAAGAUACUAUAAAUAUGUUUCAAUCUCAUUUAGAGGAAAGAAGAGCAAGAAAAAUUGCUGAGAUGAGAGAAGAAAGAAAAUAAGUAGAUGAAGAUGAGAAAAAUGGACUUUGGAACAGUUAAUAGGGUUCUAUUAUGUUUAAAUAAUCAUAGAAUAGCUAAGUAAAUGAUUCAUUAUAGCAGGGAUCUUAAAUGGGCUAAAUUAGUUUAGUGGAAAAAGAAAAAAGAAUGCUUGAAAAAAUGAAAAGAAGAUAAACUGAUAAAAAAAGAUUUUAAUAAGAAGAAGAAAGAAGAAAAAAAGAAUAGUAAGAAGAAUUAGAAAAUAAAAAGAAAUAAUAAAUAGCUUAUGAAAAAGAAUAAGAAAGAAUAAAAUAAUAAUAAUAAAAAGAAAGGGAAAAAUAAAAAGAAUUAAGACAAAAAGAAAAAGAAACUAUCGAAAAAUAAGAAAAAAUGAGAUAAUAAACAGAAUAAAUUUUAUAUUAAUAACAACAAAUGUUAGAUGAAAAAAGAAAAAAGAUGGAAGAAUUAGAAUUUAAAAGAAUUGAAUAAAUGAAGACUUAAACUGAAGAAAGAAAGAAAAUAGCUAGAGAAUAGAAAUUAUUACAUGAAUAACAUUUAGAAAAAUGCAAAAAAGCAAACGAUGAUAAAUUAAUAUAAAAAUAACAAGAAUAUUUAAAGAAAUAAGAAUAAUCAGAAAUUAAUAAUUUAUAUUUAUUUUUAUAAAAUUAAAAAUAUAAAAAACUUUAGUAAUCAAAUGAAUAAAAAUAAGAAAAAAAAUUAAAAUAAUAUAAUGAUAAAUUAACAGAAUAAGAAAAACGAAAAUAAGAGAUUGAACAUGUUUUACAAAAGUAAUAAUAGGAGAAAAAAUAGAACUUUAUGGAUAAAGAAAUAAAGAUAUAAACUAUAAGAGAGAUAAAAAAUUAUAAGACUAACUUAAUAAAUUAAAAUGAUGAUGGAUGA